CGCACCCUGGUGACAGGCGAGCCAGUCCGGUAGCGGAGAGGAAGUGCGGUCCCGCUGCACCGAGCCGGUCCCUGCCGAGGUCGGCUCCGUAGGCUCUCGGGUGACAGCGUCGCGGCCGCCGGGCGCAGCGCCGGGCACGCGCCGCGCAGAGCCGAGCGCCAGGCGGACGCCCCAGCAGAGACGCGAGGAAAAUGGCUGAUGACUUUGGCUUCUUCUCGUCGUCGGACAGUGGGGCCCCCGAGGCGGCGGAGGAAGACCCGGCGGCUGCUUUCCUGGCCCAGCAGGAGAGUGAGAUCGCGGGCAUAGAGAAUGACGAGGGCUUCGGGGCACCUGCCCUCGCGCAGCCGGGACCCGCGAGCGGGGCUGGUUCUGAGGACAUGGGGACCACGAUCAAUGGAGAUGUGUUUCAGGAAGCUAACGGCCCAGCUGACGGCUACGCGGCCAUCGCCCAGGCUGACAGGCUGACGCAGGAACCCGAGAGCAUCCGCAAGUGGAGAGAGGAGCAGAGGAAACGGCUGCAGGAGCUGGAUGCUGCCUCCAAGGUGACAGAACAAGAGUGGCGGGAGAAGGCCAAGAAGGACCUGGAGGAGUGGAACCAGCGCCAGAGUGAACAAGUCGAAAAGAACAAGAUCAACAACCGGAUCGCUGACAAAGCAUUCUACCAGCAGCCAGAUGCUGACGUCAUCGGCUACGUGGCAUCUGAGGAGGCUUUCGUGAAGGAAUCCAAGGAGGACGCCCCAGGCACAGAGUGGGAGAAGGUGGCCCAGCUGUGUGACUUCAACCCCAAGAGCAGCAAGCAGUGCAAAGACGUGUCCCGCCUGCGCUCCGUGCUCAUGUCCCUGAAGCAGACACCGCUGUCACGCUAGGCGCCUGCCACCAGCAUGGCCCCAUGCACGGGCAGGGCCGGGGCAGAGGAGGAGUGGCGGCAGCGGGCAGCGGGCAGCGGGGAGGGAGGCCUCGGGCGGCUGCUGCACACGGCCGCGCCCUUUCUCCCCGCCUCCCGGGGCUGGGGAGGGGACGCCCGCCCUGAGGCCCAGCCCUCACACUGCCCCUGUCCACAGAGUUGUGAGGGUCCCUCCCGGUGUACUUUUUUCUUGGCUUAAAGGGUGUGUUGUUAACUCUUUUUACACUUAUUUAUUAUCAUUCUCAUUUCUCUGGAAGCCACAAA